AAGACAGAAAACUCUUCGUGGGUAUGUUGAACAAGUCACAGACAGAGGAGGAUGUGCGGCAGUUGUUUCAUGCUUACGGCAACAUUGAGGAGUGCACCAUUCUUAGAGAUCAGAGUGGCAACAGUAAAGGUUGUGCAUUUGUGAAGUUCUCGAACCAUCAGGACGCUGUCGCUGCCAUCAACGCUCUGCACGGUAGCCAGACCAUGUCGGUAAGCUCUCCGUGGGGCGCCUCAUCAAGUCUUGUAGUCAAGUUUGCUGAUACAGAGAAAGAGAGACAACUUCGCCGUAUGCAGCAGAUGGCUGGCCCUCUUGGCCUUCUCAACCCAUUUGCUCUUGGUGGAUACAGUGCUGCUUAUGCUCCAGUGGAGGCACCUUAUGAACUGGCCCGUGUGGGAUCUUAUGAAACAUUGGCCCCUCAGCCCUUGUACACAAAGCAGACAGCUGCCCUACAGUCUCAGCAGUUGAUGCAGCAACAAGCUGCCCUCAUGGCUGCAGCCCAGAGCCCUUACUUUUCCACACCUGUGAGCAUGUUAUCCACCCAAGUCCAGCAGCUGACCACUCUGCCUGCAACACCAAAUGGUUUGGUGUCCACUGCCAUUACCCCAACAACAGCUACUUUAGGAAGUGGCACCCCCACGCCUGUGACCAUCAAUGGAGGGCCACCCAGCAUGUUAUCACCAACAGCCAUGGCUUCAUUUGCAAUGCAGCCCAGUAACGGUGCCACAGAGAUUUACGCAAAUGGUAUCCCUCAUUACGCAGGAAUAUACACAGCAGCGAUGACAAAUGGAGAUCCUUUACAAGCAUAUGCUGCAAUACCUUCAUACGCAGGCAUAGCAUAUCCUGCUGUUUAUGGGAGUUUCCCACAGCUAACCCAGCCAGCCACCCUCCUACCCACAGCACAGAAAGAGGGCCCUGAAGGUUGUAACUUGUUCAUCUAUCAUCUGCCUCAAGAGUUUGGGGAUGGAGAGCUUGCUCAAAUGUUUGUUCCGUUUGGCAAUGUCAUAAGUGCUAAAGUCUAUGUCGACCGGGCAACCAAUCAGAGCAAGUGCUUUGGCUUUGUUAGUUUUGACAACCCAACCAGUGCUCAGACUGCCAUCCAGGCAAUGAAUGGGUUUCAAAUUGGCAUGAAAAGACUCAAGGUCCAGUUGAAACGCCCAAAAGAUGCUAAUCGUCCAUACUAA